ACCAGCCUCCCGGGCUGGGACCCAUGAGAGCAGCCGCCCUGCUCGGCCAUACUCCAGGCAAGGCUAUGAAGACCCCCACUGGCAGUAUCCAGCAGCUGGCUACAGGGAUGACUACACCUACCAAAGCCACCAGCGGCAGCCGGUGGCCUGGAAGGGUGACAGAGACCUGAGACAGGGAGAGCUUUACGGCAAGAGUACCAAUUACCGGGAGCAGCACUACUACAGGGGUUACCACCCCAACCUGGCCACGGGCCCCCCAGGGCAGGACAGGACGCAGACCUACGAUUCCUACGAGAGGAGCUACAUCUCGGCUGCCAGGAGGGAGAGGGCAGGGGGAGAAACCCUCAACAGCGAUUCGGGAGAGGCUGGUGGCCAGCCCCAAGAGCCCAGCCUGCUCCUGCAGUACCGCGAGUCGGGGCUCAGCUCCAGCAGCUGUGAGCUCAGCCAGUACAUCCACGAUGGUGCCGACCACUAUGACCCCAGGCUUUCGGGGACCUGGAGCCCGGCACAAGCAGGGAGACCCUGGGUGCCCACUCCAUCCCCGGUGGUACCCCUCAAGUUCUCAGUGCCACACGUGGUGGUGUGCUUCGGAGCCAGUGGCCAGCUGGUGCUGGUGUGUCCUCACCGCCCUGCCGCGGGGCAGCUCGCCCAUGUCGAGAUACACAGCCUGGAGGUACUCCUUCAUGACACAAAAGAGCUGGAGGAGCUACAGGCCUUCCCGGGGCCCCUGGCCAGGGAGGAUCUGCACAAGGUGGAUGUGAUGACAUUUUGUCAGCAGAAGAUAGCCACGAGCUGUGAUCUCUCAACACAGAGCGGCAGAGAUUCAGCUCUUCUCUGGAAACUCCUGGUCCUCCUCUGCCGGCAGAAUGGGUCCAUGGUGGGCUCAGACACAGCUGAGCUGCUGAUGCAAGACUGCAGGCGUCGGGAGAAGUACAAGAGGCAAAACCCUGCAGCAAACCUGAUCGGUGUGACAGACGAUGAUCGGAUGUCACGUCAGCCAGGGACACUGGACCUCAUCACGGGUGAGGUACCUCCUGUUGUGGAGACACAGGCACAGAUAGUGGAGAAGUUCACCAAGCUCCUCUACUAUGGCAGGAAGAAAGACGCUCUGGUGUGGGCCAUGAGAAACCAGCUGUGGGGUCAUGCCCUCUUCCUCUCCAGCAAGAUGGACCCUCGGACCUACAGCUGGGUGCUCGCCGGGUUCACCAGCACACUGGCCACCAAUGACCCCCUGCAGACCCUCUUCCAGCUCAUGUCAGGAAGGAUACCUCAGGCAGCACUGUGCUGUGGAGAUGCCACAUGGGGAGACUGGAGGCCCCACCUGGCCGUGAUGUUGUCCAACAAGGUUGGAGACACGGAGCUGAACCACCGAGCCAUCGUCAUCAUGGGAGACACUUUGGCUGGGAAGGGAGCAGUUGAAGCAGCUCAUUUCUGCUACCUGAUGGCAGAUAUCCCUUUUGGUUACUUUGGGGCCAAGGCAGAGCGCAUGUCUCUGCUGGGCAGCAGCCACCGCCAGGCCUUCACCCAGUUUGCCAGGACAGAGGUCAUCCAGCGGAUGGAAAUCUUCGAGUACUGCCAGCAGCUACGACAACCCAAAUCCUUCCUGCUCCCCUUCCAGGCGUACAAGCUCCUCUACGCCUCUCGCCUGGCUGACCACGGGCUCCCAGCUCAGGCUCUGCAAUACUGCGAGCAGAUUGCCACCGUGCUGCUGGCCCAGGAUCCAGCCAACCACCCCAUCCUGACCCAGCAAGUGAUACAGCUAGCCGAGCGGCUGAAGCUCUCCGACCCUCUGCUCCUGGAGAUGCCAGAGCAGGACCAGAUGCUGGAGCCUGACUGGCUGGUGCAGCUCCGAGCCUGCUGCCAGGAGUGGGAGGUGGAAGACGACCUUCCUCCGGAGGUGGAACCCACUCAGCCAGGGCUCUCCUGGAGCCCUGCAUCAACGGCAGGGAAAGAAAAGGAAGCAGCAGAUGGAGAACCCAACCACGAGUUUCCCCAGAGUGAGGUCUACCAGUAUGACCAGUGGUACCAGCCCAAGCCACCCCAAGGACCCAGCUCCCAUGAGGACAUGUCCCUGCAGCCCCCAGCAGCAUCGCCACUGCUCAGCGCUGGGCAAGAACUGCAGCCCCCUGUGCUCGGCCCGGGGACGGCCACCCCUCCAGGAAGGGUUCUUCCUGAGCCCCCUCCGCAGGCGAUGCCACCCGCAGAAGUUGGGGAGCCCCAGGACACCCCGCUAUCCCCCAGGGGGGUGCAGCCACUCUUCCCAGUAGCACAGAAGGAGUUACAGACAAGAGCGCGGAACAUCUCGGAGAGCUCCACCUUCUCCUUGGAAGAGGACAGCCAGCAUUCCUCGGAGAGCGCAGCCGAAGAUACCCCCGAAGAGCCAGCACCAGCAGAGGACAAGAGCGCCGGGUUCAGGUGGUUUGGCUGGUUUCGGUCGAAGCCCACCAAGGAAACAUCUCCCAAAGCAGAGAUGGCCCCGGACUCCCCCACGUCGGGACCACAGACCAGCCCCCACGAAUCUCCCCCACCGGUGGGGACAAUCCCCCUCUUCAACCCUGUCCAGGUCUCUCAGCUUGCCGCUGCCUCUCGACCCAUGCAACCCAGGCUGCUUUCCCAGCGCUGCUACCCCAACCUGUU